AUGAAUCCUAAACUCUGUGCAGAGCUAAAUGAUGGCCACCACAUUCCUGUUCUUGGCUUUGGAACUUAUGAUCCAGAAGAGGUUCCUAAGAGUAUGAUUACAGAGGCCACCAAAAUAGCUAUAGAUGCUGGAUUUCGCCAUAUUGAUGCAGCCUAUAUGUACCAAAAUGAGGAAGAAGUAGGACUGGCCAUCCGUGACAAGAUUGCUUAUGGUACUGUGAAGUGAGAAGAUAUAUUCUAUACUUCAAAGCUCCCCUCCACGUGCCAUAGGCCAGAACUGGUCCGGUUUUGUUUGGAAAAGUCACUGAAAAAGCUUCAGCUGGACUAUGUUGACCUCUAUCUUAUUCAUUUCCCAGUGCCAAUGAAGCCUGACAACAAUCUUAAUCCAACAGUUGAAAAUGGGAAAAUAUUAUUUGAUACAGUGGAUCUCCAUGACACUUGGGAGGCCAUGGAGAAGUGUAAGGAUGCAGGGCUGGCCAAGUCCAUUGGGGUGUCCAACUUUAACCGCAGGCAGCUGGAGAUGAUCCUGAACAAGCCAGGGCUCAAGCACAAGCCUGUGUGCAACCAGGUAGAAUGCCAUCCAUAUCUCAACCAGAGCAAGCUCUUGGAUUACUGCAAGUCAAACGACAUUGUUCUGGUUGCUUAUGGUGCUCUAGGAACCCAACGAUAUAAGAACUGGGUAGAUGAGAAUGCCCCAUAUCUCUUGGAAGAUCCAAUUCUUGGUGCUAUGGCUGAGAAGUACAAAAAAACUCCAGUCCUAAUUUCCCUCCGUUAUCUACUGCAGCGUGAGACUGUGGUUGUUGCCAAGAGUUUCAAUGAGAAGCGGAUCAAAGAGAAUAUGAAGGUUUUUGAGUUCCAGUUGCCAGAAGAGGACAUGACAGUUAUUGAUAACCUGAACAAAAAAUACCGAUAUUCUACUGCUAAUAUUACUUCUGCCCACCAGGACUAUCCAUAUUCAGAUGAAUAUUAA